UGUCAGCAUCAAUAAGGCCAUUAAUACGCAGGAAGUGGCUGUAAAGGAAAAACACGCCAGAACAUGCAUACUGGGCACCCACCAUGAGAAAGGGGCACAGACCUUUUGGUCUGUUGUCAACCGGCUACCCCUCUCUAGCAAUGCUGUCCUUUGCUGGAAGUUCUGCCACGUGUUUCACAAACUCCUCCGAGAUGGACACCCGAACGUCCUGAAGGACUCCCUGAGAUACAAAAAUGAAUUGAGUGACAUGAGCAGGAUGUGGGGCCACCUGAGCGAGGGGUAUGGACAGCUCUGCAGCAUCUACCUCAGACUGCUAAGAACGAAGAUGGAAUAUCACACCAAAAAUCCCAGGUUCCCAGGCAACCUUCAGAUGAGCGACCGGCAGCUGGAUGAGGCUGGAGAGAGCGACGUUAACAACUUUUUCCAGCUAACAGUGGAGAUGUUUGACUACCUGGAGUGUGAACUUAAUCUCUUCCAAACUGUGUUCAAUUCCCUGGACAUGUCCCGCUCGGUGUCCGUGACGGCAGCCGGGCAGUGCCGUCUCGCCCCGCUGAUCCAGGUCAUACUGGACUGCAGUCAUCUGUAUGAUUACACUGUCAAGCUCCUCUUCAAACUCCACUCCUGUCUCCCAGCCGACACCCUGCAAGGCCACCGGGAUCGUUUCAUGGAGCAAUUCACCAAGUUGAAAGAUCUGUUCUACCGCUCCAGCAACCUCCAGUACUUCAAGCGGCUCAUUCAGAUCCCUCAACUGCCUGAGAACCCACCCAACUUCCUGCGGGCCUCUGCGCUGUCAGAACACAUCAGCCCUGUGGUGGUCAUCCCGGCCGAGGCCUCGUCCCCGGACAGCGAGCCCGUCUUGGAGAAGGAUGACCUCGUGGACAUGGAUGCCUCCCAGCAGAAUUUAUUUGACAACAAGUUUGAUGACAUCUUUGGCAGCUCAUUCAGCAGUGACCCCUUCAAUUUCAACAGUCAGAACGGCGUGAACAAGGAUGAGAAGGAUCACUUAAUUGGUCAACUAUACAGAGAAGUCAGUGAGCUGAAGGCACAGCUGGAGAACAUGAAGACUGAGAGCCAGCGGGCCGUGCUGCAGCUGAAGGGCCGGGUCAGCGAGCUGGAGGCUGAACUUGCGGAACAGCAACAUCUGCGGCAGCAGGCGGCUGAUGACAGCGAGUUUCUCCGGGCCGAGCUGGACGAGCUCAAGAAGAAGCGCGAAGACACGGAGAAGGCCCAGCGGAGCCUGACCGAGAUAGAAAGGAGAGCCCAAGCCAAUGAACAGCGGUACAGCAAGCUAAAGGAAAAGUACAGUGAGCUGGUGCAGAACCACGCUGACCUGCUGCGGAAGAAUGCAGAGGUGACCAAACAGGUGUCCGUGGCCAGGCAAGCCCAGGCGGAUUUGGAACGAGAGAAAAAAGAGCUAGAGGACUCCUUCCAGCGAAGAAGUGACCAGGCGCAGCGGAAGGCAGCCCUGUGGGUUAGAGCCCUGUGA